GAUCGGCCUGCAGCAGCAUGAAAAAGAACCAGACCAUGCAGGGCACUUUCAGCAAACUCUUUGGGAAGAAGCAUGCCCACACCUCCACCACGUCCCUCUACGCCACCAACCCACCCUGGAUUUUCACCCAAGAAGCCCAAGAGGAGGGGACCAGGGACUUUGAUGGGAUCUAUUAUGGAGACAACCGGUUCAACACUGUGAGCGAAUCGGGGACAGCCACACUGAAAGCUCGGCCACGCGUCCGGCCCCUGCUGACUUUCAUUCCCCUGAAUGCCCAGGAGAACCAUGGGCUGGCAGUGCCCACCCCGUCUGUCCCAGAAGAGUUUGCAGACAAAGAAGUGAGAGGUACCAGCACACUAGUGAAUGGCAACCUCCGACUGUACAGCUCUGUGGGUGACCUGAGGCCCGUACACUAUGAUCUGGACUCAUCCAUCCCCCCACCUCCCCCGGGCCCAGCCCCAGGGCCACCCCAGGACACUUCACAGCCUCCAGAGGCGUCCUCUCCACCACCACCUCCUCCUGUUCCUCCUCCUCCCCCUCCGCUGCUGGUGGAACCCCCACCCCCACCCAGCACAGCCCCACCUCCACCCCCAGCAUUAGAUACCUUAUCCCCCUCAUCUGCAUUCUCCCCACCUUCCACACCUACCCCUCCUGACUUCAUCCCUCCUGCCCCACCGUCAGCUUUUCAAACCCCGCCUCCACCUUCUUUGCAAGCCCCGGGACCCCCAGUUCCGGUCUCUCUUCAUACAACUGGAACUCGUCUCUUCCCCACUGGGGCUAUCAUCAAAUGGAAAUCAGAAGUGGCACUCAAUGGCCAGCAGCCGGAGGACCCCAGAAGCAGCCCCCCUAAAAGUCCUGCUGAACUAAAGAGGAGCCCUCUAGGGCCUAGCCCAGAGCCCCACCUCACCUUCCCCAGGUCACCGAAGGUGCCGCCCCCAACCCCAAUCAGAACCUCAUCUAUCCCAGUUCAGGAAGCACCAGGAGCUUCUCCAGAGGAGGAUGAAGCCACCCAGAAGACCUCCGCCCACCUCCCACUGCCUCACAGCAUCAAUGUCCGCCCUGCAUCUCUGGUUUACCCAGACAGAGCCCUGGAGCCCGAGCAGCCCAGAGAGCCCAGGCCCGAGACACCAGGCAGCCCAAGGCUCAGGCAGUCUGAACCUCAGACAAAUGGACAAGCAGGAGCUCCACCCCCAGCUCCUCCCCUGCCUCCGCCCGCUCCCCCACUCCCUCGGCCAGCAUCUUCUCUGCCCCCAGCUGCUCCUCCUUUGCCCUCUACUGAGCGGGCAGCCCCUCCAUCUUCUGGAUUUCCGAAGACCUCUAAAUCCAGCUCACCUGCUCUCAACCCCAAACCCAACCCGCCCAGUCCGGAGGACACAGCCUCGUCAGAACCUGUUGACUGGAGAGACCCCCGGCAGAUGGAAAAGCUUCGAAGUGAGCUGGCAGCCUAUCUCUGUGGGACCAGGAAAGAGGAUCGGUCACUCAAUCACAGGCCAGUCCCUACAGUGGCCUCGAAGGACAAGGAGAACAAGAAGGGCACCAGCCCAUCAGAGGAGGUACCUCCAAGCCUGCCUGAGAAGAUACACCCCCGUGCUCCUGAGAAGAGCCCCUCCAGCAGCAGCCUGCCAGAGAGAGAAGCCUCCAGCAGCCUGCCAGAGAGAGAAGCCGCCAGCAGCCUGGCCCUACCCCCUGUGGACUACAUCCCCCAGGAUACUCCAGCCCCCAGUGUCAGGCAGAUCCGGAAUGAGCUAGAGGCUCGAUUUGCCUCCUCAGCAGAGAAAGAAGCCAAGCCCAGCUUAGCGUCUCUGCCCCCCAAACCCCGGCUGGAAGGGGGAAGAACCUUUGAAAACAGGACUGAAAAUGGCAGAUUCCAUAAGCCUGCCACCAAGAAUCCACCCCAGCCGUCUACCGCCCCUCUGCCUGCCACAACACUCCAGUCCAAGGUCGUACAUGGUCCAGCAACACCACCCAAGGUCACACCUGGGCAGGCCAUACCACCCAAAGAUGCACCUGGGCAGGCCACACCACCCAAGGUCACACCUGGGCAGGCCACACCACCCAAAGAUGCACCUGGGCAGGGCACACCACCCAAAGAUGCACCUGGGCAGGCCACGCUACUCAAGGACACACCCCGGCUGCCCACCCCAUUAUCUCAGCCGAUGGCAGAGAAGGAUCUUGCCUCCAUGAGGCAGAGAGAAAAACCAGAAUCUCAAGAAAACUCGGUGGCUACCCAACUGUCCAGAAAUGGCGCCCUCUCUCCUCCAGCUCUCCCACCAAAGAUAUCCACCGGUGGAGAAGAAGCGCCGUUUCUCUACAGACCCCAUCGCAGCCAGAAUAGCCACAGCCGAGGGAUUGCUAUAGUGACUCCCACUAGGACCAGGGGGGAGGCUACAGACUCAGGGGAUCUAGUGGACGAAAAGGAGCUCCAAAACCAUCCAGCCAAACCUCUCUCGCCAGUUCAGCCAGCUGACCAAGUCCUCAGACACCCGGUGACUGGGGAAGUGGUGGAGCGGGGCUCCCCAAUGGCCCUGCUCCUCGCAGCCAGACAAAGGGCACAGAAGACUAGACCUGGAGGGACUGCAAUUGGACGGUCCUCUUUGCCAGGGAGUCUCCGUGACCAUAGCAACCAACCAGAGGCCAGCUCUGACAGCAUCUUUUACAGAGGUAGCCGGCCCAACUCCUUCAUUGUGGUCCCUAAGGUGCCCAGUGAGACAGAGGACUCCCAGGUGGCCUCAGCACGGCCCACUGGGCCCAGUCAGUGGAAGCCCCAGCAGGGACGAGACACACAAGCCUCAGAUCCAACCUACAGACCUGGGUGGACCAAGGACGAAUCCCCAGCCCCUGUGGCCCGGGAAAGACCAGCUCCCUCAAGCUUACCCUACGGCCGCGCCCUCCCCAAGUCCUUCUCUUCUCCGCCCUCUCCUUCCUACAAGAGGGAAGAGGAGGAGGAGGAGUUCAGCUUUGAUAUCAUUCCUCCGCCGCCAGAGUUCAGCAAUGACCCAGAGCCUCCGGUCUCUGGGCUGCAGCAGCAGGGCCGCCGCGGGUCCCCACCCAGGAACAACUUCUCCGACUUGGGGCAGUCCUCGAGAUCCAGUCCGGCUCGUGGCUUCUCGCGCUUCCCGGGGACUCAAUACCCCGAGCCCGGGGGCCUGGAUCGCUUCUCGGGCAGCGGACGCUCGCUCAUCAAGAAACGCCUGUACGUCGGGGAGCCCCAUCGCAAUCCCGGGACGUCCCGUGGUUCUACUGGCCGCAGCCUGAGCUCCCCUAACUGCUUCGGACCGCAGCCAGGAGGACCUGAGAUGCGACGAGUCAACUCUGCGGGCCGCGCGGCCCCCGGUGGCCUGAACGCCCGGAGGUUGUCGCUGGAGGGCGCCCGGGGCGCGGCCGAGGUCAAGUACAAGGCGCCUGGCGGAGGCGGUGGUAGUGGCAGCAAAACUGGGGACUAUGGCUUUGUCCCUCACAAAGUCAGCAGGUCUCCUCACGGCAACGCCCACUAUGGAAGCCCCAUCAAUACGUUCACGGUGAGGCCUGGGACGCGCCAUCCCAUCUCCUACGCUUACUCUGGGACCCAUCGGAAAGCCACUUCCUGAGCCACGCGGUUCACUCGGCUGACUUCUAGGGGUUGGAUCUGGGCAGUUGUUUUGCGGGGGGGUGGGAGGUCAGGUCGCACAAGGUAUUACAGGUCCCAGCUCGGACACCACUGACAGCCUUUGUUCUGGAAGACAGACAGACGAACGGAUGUAUGAAUAGCAGAGGCCUGUGGAAGAAGACGGAAAC